UUAGCUCAUUUAGUUGCACGAGACUCGAAGGAACGCAAGCAUUUCGAGAACAAGCCAAAGAAUUCCUACACACUCGCACGCGCUUUUUUGCAGAAUCCAAGAAACUUUUUAAUCAAAUUGUAACUCAAGAUGACGGAACAAGCUGAAGACACUAAAGGUCCACUGAUCGCAGCUAGGGAAAGAGGUCCUGGACCAGGACGCUAYGGYCUUCCYUCAACGUGUGGAUACAUUGAACAUGACUUUACAAAGACUAAAUCCCCAGCAUAUUCAUUUGGAGGUCGCUUGGAAAAUUCAAUGUUUAAGAAAGACUGCAGCCCAGGACCUGGAUAUUUUAUUGAUCCUACGAUUACUAAAACUGGAAAGGAUGGAACUCCUUCAUACUCUGUUCUUGGAAGACAAAAGGACCCUAACACAUUCAAGACCCCGGCACCUGGCACGUAUUCACCAGAGAAAGUACACCCUCAAGGGGAGAGGCAUGCUCCAGCUUAUUCAAUGGGAGCCAGAACAAGAUUCAGGAGAAGAGAUGGCACACCAGCAGCCAAUUCCUACACAUUGCCGACACUUCUUGGACCAAGRGUACCCAACAAGUACUCCUCAUCUUCAUAUUCAAUGACUGCAMGAGCAAAGACUGGUGGCUUUUCAGAAGAUCUUGCAAAAACUCCUGGACCCGGAAGAUACCAGACAACUCAACCAAACACAGUUAAAAAUAAAUCUCCAAGCUACUCAAUGCUUAGUCGAAGUUAUAUGCCUGGAGAUUCUACAAAGAAGCCAGGACCUGGUGCACACAGCCCUGAGAAAGUCUACGUYACAAAGAAAGCAGCCCCCUCAUUUUCACUUGGAAUUCGCCAYAGYGAAUUCAUCACRCCUCUCAUUAUUGACGCUUCCGAUUAAUCUUGUAAAGUUUAUUUCCUAUUAGAGACAGAUUAUCAACAGGAUAUUUUUAUUUUCUUCUGAAAAAAAUGACAAUAUAGAUUAUCAAUUCUYGCAAGAAUACUGCAUUUUUUGUCACUUGGAGAAGUUUAUUUCAAGGUAUAACUUCUCURUUUUUAAGAAAUGGCAAUAAAUACUUAUUUCACAUA